GGCCUGGCUGUGUGUGAUGGAGCUGUUGAGCAGCAGAAGUGUGCGGUCUUACCUCUGAAGCAGACUCUUUAUAGUCCUGCCUCUCUGUCUCCUCCCACAACCUGCUCUCUUUCCUAAAGGCUGACAUCAUACACCAGCAAAGCUCAUGUUUUUCCUGCGUGCUGCUGACGUCACACGCAGCUGUUGGCUAUAAAGUUGCGCCUCAAGUCUUCAGCAUCUACUCCUAUGAUGGCUCAACACUCACUGCAUGUGUCCGUCGGCAUACUGGGCAUCUCUGGCGGUUCUCUCCUGCUUUUGGUGAACAACUAUGCCAGCUCACCUGAAGAAGACUUCAUCCCCCAUACUGCACUGGGGAUUCUGCUCCUUAUUAUUGCAGCCCUCUUAGCUUAUGCAGGUAUCUGUCGAAGUCUGUCCCACGCCCAGCUGUUUUCCUCUCUGUGUCUGACCGUCUCGGCCCUGUGGUGUGGUUCAGGUCUGGUGUACAUCCUGGUGGGUCAAGGGGUGCUGCAGCCCACAGAGCUGAGAUCCUCUCUGGUCCCGGGCCUGGCGGCGUUUACCUUAGCCCUGCUCAUCAUAGGCCUUGUAGCAGUCGUCGUAAAGAAAGCAGUUCUGUUUCUCAUAGCUGUCGGCAUUGGCUUAGCAUGUGCUCAUCAAAUUGCCGGUUUAUCAGCUGCUGGUUUUGGUCAGUCUGCCACAGCUGCUAACUACCUCCUGGUCUGUCUGGUGGGUGUUUACUUUGGGUUUGGACGUCUGCUGUCCACCAUCACUCGUGGUAAAGUGGAGCCUCCAGGAUUGGGCCUGAAGAGGAAAGCAGAGCAGAACCAGAGGUGUAGUGAUGCAGUGUCAGUAGGUCUGGUGAUGAACUUGCUGUCCGCCUCUGUGUUAGUCUGUCCUCUGUUAGGCGUGGUCCCCCAGCUCUCCAUCGGUCACGUCCCCUGGCUGUGGACAGCUGGAGUCUUCCAGCUUGGCAUGUGUGUCCUCUUCUACCGAGCCAUGGACACACUAGCUGCCACUUUUUACGGCUUCACCGCUCUGCUGAGAUUUGCAGAAGGCUACAGCGCUCUCCUAUCCUCCUCAAUCCAGCCUGUCUCCCCUGUUCCCUUCCCCGUUGUCUUCUCUGUGCUCUUCUCCAUCCUGGCUCUGUUCAGCUGUCAGAAGAGCUUGCUGGAGGGGCUCUAUCACUUGUGCUUUACAGCUUAUUGUAUUGCCAUUGCAGCCCAGCCUCAAGGCUUCUUCCAAGGAGGCACGCAGGGUGUACAGGGAGCUAUAUUUGUAUUCUCUGCUGGCAUGCUUUUAAUUACCACAUUCAAUAUGGUCUCCACUACAAUGAUCCCUACAGGGCAGGGCUAUUUCAAGGCUUUAGUAAGCAGGAUACAGGGUCUCACUCUCAGAGCCCAUGAUAAAGAGCUCCAUGCACCUCACCUGGGCUACUCCAAGUAUGCUGAUGCAGAGGUGUUAGGCCUUGCUUGCAGUGUGCUGGCUGCUUUCGCCAUCACAGCCACAGUUGGCGACAGAGAUCCUCUGUCUGUGCUGGUUCUGCCCUGGGUGGUGGUGGCCGGAGGGGUGCUCCAUCUGCUCUGCGGUUCAGUAGCUUUUGCUCGAGGUAAAACCUUUGAGAGCACAGUUUUUAUUCUGUACGGCAUGAUGUGGGCGGUGUGGGGGUUGACACGAUACGGUGGCCUGUACGGUGAAACCAGAGGCUUUAACGUGGCUGUUGGUAUCAUUAGUUUCAUGCUGUUUAACUGUCUAGUGACAGCUGCUGCCCUGUUUGUAAAUGUUGCCUGGUUUGCUUACGCCCUCACCUUCCAGCUCAUCCUUAUUAGCUUCCUGCUGGAUGCACUAGGUGCACUGCCUUAUGGUUAUGACAUAGGGGUCACCAUCAUCUUCGGUCUGGUCAGUUUUUAUUGUUUCCUGGCGCACAUUUUCAACAGCACCUUCCAGUCCCCCCAGAUCCCCUUGGGAAAACCUUUAGUCAAGCUGAGUGGGGUCGGGGGAGGCGCAGAUAUUUGUCCGCAUGUACCAGCCCGCAAGGCCUCGUCUGUCCAACAGAUUGCAGAAAUCAUGAAAAAUGGUGGCAUAUGUGGAAUGCCCACUGACACGGUGUAUGUGCUGGUGGCAGCUUGCAAUAGGCCCGACGCAGUCGUCAAAGCUUACAAGGUGAAGAAGCAGGCACAGGACCGACCCAUGUCCCUGUGGAUCUCCUCCAUCAAGCAGUUGGAGCCGGUGCGACACCUGCUGAGCCCUCUGCUCCUGGACUUCAUGGAGGCUGCGUGGCCCUCCUCCAUUAGCAUGGUUAUAUCCAGGGGCCCGUGGAUGGACACCUUUGGUUUAGGAGAUGCUGCCAAACACAUAGGGACGCCACAAAGCAUUGCAAUGAGAAUCCCAGACUGUUCUGUGGCCACACACCUCAUUAAUCUGGUGGGGCCCGUCGCCGUGACCUCAGCCAACCCUACAGGCGAGGCCGACACAACUCACCACAACCAAGUUUACGCCAAGCUGGGCAAAAAGGUGGAUGGAGUGUUGUGUGACGGACCCUCCCCAGAGAACAUUGCAUCUACUGUGGUGGACUGCACUAAGAUUGAAACAGGGCAUAUUGGUUUCUUCAGAGUGGGUCUCAUUCCUAAAUCCAAGGUUCUUCAAAUCUUCGAGGAGGUUCAGAAGAAGCGCAGACAUGGGCAGACGAAUCCUGCUUUUGAACAUGAUUUGCAUCUGUCAGAUACACAAAGGGACAAAAGUUCAGGAGAGGACGAGGCAGCAGAGUCAGGGAGAGGAAGUGGAAACUCAACACCGUCCACAGUUUCACCUGAACAAAGUCCAGUCCUCAGAAAUGGGCCAUAGUAUCAAUGCACUGCUUACAAAUGCUGCUAAAAUGUAAUGUAAUUUCAGAUGUACACACAUACCUAUUGUUAAAUGAAAAAUCCACGCACAGAUGGAAAUGUAAUAGUUGCCACACCCAUUUCUAUAAUGCAUAUAUCGUAUGCACACAGACUCUAAUGUAAUAUGAUGAGCUGGAUACAUUUAAUUUGUGUUUUGUACUGUUUGUAUUAUAUUACAAUUUUUUUAAUUGUUUUUUUUUCUGAAAAUUGUAUUUUGAAUACAUGAAUGUACUGUAUAUACUUUUUCAUGAU